GCGACAUGCCAAAGAAGGGUCGCGUGGGUGUUCCAGGGUAAAACAUUUGAUCUCGCUGAUUCCAAUUGGUUGUGACUAAACAAGACCUCUUAUCUCAUUGGUCGAGUGCGUUUCUGCGUAUCUCCCACUACUGAACUCAUGAUAGCUAAAGGGAGUGGGGACUAUAAUAUGUACUUGGUAUAGCAUGUGUGGUAUACGAACGUACGCAGGUGUGUUCACAGUGCUUGUGCACCCCGCGUUACGCGCCAGCCACUCGGUGUUGAAAAGAGACGGUGGGUGGCUGUAAAAACAAAAGAAAGUCAAAAAAGGAAAAGUGGAACCGGACAAUCGUGCGUGAAUUCUUAUUUAGAAGAAUCUAUGUGCCAGUAACCGUUAGUUUAAUUAUAACACACCAUCGGCUGGUAGACGUUCAGGAUUCACAUCCUCUGACGUCGUUGACAGAGGGUAGUUAUUCUGUAUUCCUGUAUUCUAAUUAAAAGCAAUCGUAAAGUGCGCGUCAGAUACGUUCCUCUUUGAGAGAGUAGUUUAACUGUUUGACAGCUGAGAAUGGUUCAAAGAUUCUGUUCUAGUAUGAUAGCGCUCAGCCUCGCCCUGAGUGCUUGCGUUGUUUUUCCGCGUGCCGUCAUGGCGAUCGACUUAAGUCGAUUUUAUGGUCACUUCAACACGAAACGUACAGGUGAUGCAUGCCGUCCAUAUGAACCAUUCAAGUGUCCAGGAGAUGGUCUUUGCAUUUCGAUUCAAUAUCUGUGUGAUGGAGCUCCUGAUUGUCAAGAUGGAUAUGACGAAGAUUCACGAUUAUGCACAGCUGCAAAAAGACCACCGGUAGAGGAAACUGCUAGUUUUCUGCAAUCUUUGUUGGCAAGUCAUGGUCCAAAUUAUCUCGAGAAAUUGUUUGGGGCGAAGGCGCGAGAUACAUUGAAGCCUCUUGGUGGAGUAAACACGGUUGCUAUAGCACUUUCCGAAUCUCAAACGAUCGAUGACUUUGGUGCAGCCUUGCAUUUGAUGCGCUCCGAUUUAGAACAUUUGCGUUCCGUGUUUAUGGCGGUGGAAAACGGCGAUCUAGGCACGUUGAAAUCAAUUGGUAUCAAGGAUUCUGAAUUGGGAGACGUUAAGUUUUUCCUAGAGAAGCUCGUGAAGACCGGUUUUCUCGACUGAAUAAGCAUUUUCUUGGAACACCAUAGCGAAGGCACUAUAACGUUGGCUGUAUCGUAUUACAAUCGCACUAUCCUAUCACUUUAAAUGGUUCUUUGGCAAGUGUUCUUUGCUAAAUAAUGACCGCCUACCUCUUUCUUUUUUUUUUUUUCUUAUUUGCCUUUCCCCUCCUCUUUUAUUUCUAAUUUCCUUUUCGCUUUCUUUCGAUACCUUCUUACUGCUUCCUUGCUUUUCAAAAAACACGCCGUGCGAGCACCGAGAUCAGUUGAGAGAUAUCUACCGUUAACGAGAAACAUGGGACUCUGAAUGUUUAAACUUUCGCUAAAUGUCAAGGGUUGAUGCUUGUAUAUCUGUACACCUUUAUCGACAUGAUGUUACUUACUUUCACGCUGCAAUGGGCACACAUUACGCAGAAUUAAAAACAAUAUUGAGAAAGUAAAGCGAAUAAUCAUCAGAGACCUUCUGUAAUAUAACAAAUAGUUACAUAUAUAAUCGGUUUGAGAACUUUAUAAUUAUCAGGUCAAUUAAUUGUAUUUUAGUGGAGCAUUCUAUUCGGCACCACAAAGCUUACGAUCGAUACUAAUUAACCGCUAGUUCGUUUCCGUGACUCAACAUCGUAGACAUACAAUCAUCAUUAAUGAUAAAGAAGAUAUAGGAAAGAAGCAAAAAAAUAUUUUAGUUCGUUGAAUAAGUUAUUUUCACUUAUA